AUGGACUCUGCCUCGAUCCCUCCCCGGCUGGGACACCUGCUCGACUCCGACCGAGAACAUUUCAAAAUGCACCCAGGCCCAGCCGUGUCCGACGCGAGAUCAUUACCAGACAAAGCUGCUCGCCAUGCACUGCCAGAGACUGCCCGCCUGCAGACCAAGUCGACCGACGCGCUUCCCACCGACGCCGCCAAAUCAACCUCGGGCGACGCGACUGCGAACCACCACCACAACCACAAUCAUAUCCACCGCAAUCACCCACAACACCAACAACCAGAGAUCCCCGUCUCCCGCUCACCCUACACCUCGCACACACUAGAGGUCCAGCCAGCAACAAAGACACCAAUUGCUUCCGUCGCGUCCUCCCAGGACCAUCAACCUGGGCCCCGACCGGUCCCCUCCGCCCAUUCGCAAGAUUCAAACCCGUCCGCCGAGUCCGACACCGUGUUUACCCCGCCAGCGAGCCAAGGUGAUAUGCCAGGCGCGAAUACCAACGGCCAUAAUUCCAGCCAGGAAUCCCAGCUGCUCCAGCUGUCCCAUAUCGCCGCCGCCCAGGACAAGCUGCUUGAAAAUGACGCUGCCGCAACAUCGCGGAAACGCAUGGCCGACGGCAUGGUCAAGGAAGACACCUCUCCCGUCCGUAUAGGUCAUUCCAGGAACACGAGCACCGUAAGCACGGCCUCGACGACUGCCAGCAGUAUUGGCGAUUGGUCGAGCGACCUGAAGACGCGUCUCACAUACGCCAUGCACAAGGUGAACCAUGGCUGGCAAUCUCGCUCGAUAGACGAGGUCGAGUACAUGGUCUCCCAGGCCGCCUCGCCCACCUCGAGCAAUUCCACAUUACAUGGCCGUCAAGAGUCCUCGGCCAGCCCUCGCGCCAACAUGGCCCGCUACGCACCUGCCAGUGCCGCCACGACGGCAAGCUCUGGCCCAAGUCCUGCUACGUAUGAAUCCUUCUGGAAAGAAGGGCAAAGAUCCAACCACACCUCGGCCUCGCCUCCAGCUCCUGUCCAGAAUGGUCCAACGCUUGCUCCUCCCGCACCGAUCCAACCAGCGCGAUCUAUGGCUUCUCAAAAUCCUCGUCGUAAUUCAAAUCCACGCUACACUCCAACCCUCCUCUCGCACUCCCACAGCGCGUCACCCCACACGCCGGGCCAGCAAAACCUGGGCGCGACGCCAAAUCAGAGGUUAGGAAGGACACCACUCAUCGACCCUAUUCUCUUCUCACCCCACCAAAACGUUAGAGAGCAGGACGCCAUCGAGUCUCUCAUCUUCAUGAGCAGCCCCGGAAACUCGGCCAACAUGAAGCACAACUACUCACAGUCCGUGGCCUCGGCCCUGCCCGGCCGCCACGCAUUACCCGGCUCCCAACCACGCAAGAGCCUGCCUUCACAACGCCCGGUGCAACAAAAACGCGUAGGUUUUGAAAAGAGCCCCAGUGGCAUGACCACAGUAAGCGAUAUGGAUGUCGACAUGGACUCUCCUCAGUCUCGGGGCCCCAUCAGGAGGCGGAUCAAUGGCAGCGCCAGCUUCUCUGCAGGCAGCACCUUGCGUCCACAACUGUCACUGCCCGCAGCACUAGGCAGUACCUCCCGGCCGCGACAGCGGCUAGCAGACGCCGAUAUCGAGCGCAUGAUUGACCAGGCUGCCCAGGCUGGCGAUAGCUCGGAUGACGAUGAGGGCGAGAUCCAGAUCCCGUCAAGAAACAGACCAGAAGGUGCGGUCGGUGUCUGA